ACCUAACCUUCCAGUAUUGAAACAAUGAUAUUUUGACAGAUCACUGUUAUUUUUUUUUAAUAUGUUUGUGACAGAAUUCAUAAAAAGUGAAUUUGUUUUUAUUAAUUUUUAUGAAACAUUAACAAUAAACACGUUUUAUGACAAAUAACUAUGAUAAUGGAUGUAAUAAGUGAGCGUCAUGACAGUAAUAGUACCAGUGAUUCUUUAGAUAUUAAUACACGAAGAAAAGUUAAUGAAAUUUGUGAAAUAUCUUCAAAUUGGGAGAUAAAUAAUGGAAAAACAUUUUUUGAUGCCAUUUCUAUCGCUCCUCGUUCCAAAAUUGCCAAAAGACCAAACUUGGAUGAAAUUGUUUCAUUAGACACAUGUCUUGGACUUUGUAAUUUAAAAAAAUUGGAUAAUGAGCCCUGUUUGUUUGAUAUUAAAAUAACAAAUGGUCAGAAAAUAUCCAAUAUAUCUUUAGUUUCGGAAGCACCUGUUUUAGAAUUUUUCAAACAAUCUGGAGAAUAUGCAGCAACUAUUUUUGCCGAAUUUGUUGAUGAGUUUGAAAAUAAUUCGGUUUAUUUGGGAGAAAUGGAUUUUGAUCCACCCACGUCCGAAGCCAGUAUUCAGUUUACAAAAGUGAAGGAUAAAACUUCAUUAAUGUGGCUUUAUGGCGUAAGGCUUACAUUAACGGACCAACUCUCAAAAGAGGAAACUAAAAUGUUUAAUCCUCAAAUAAUAAAUGAUUUUCUUCUAAAUUUUAAUAAAUCUAAGUCAAAAAGCGUUGAAAUGGCAAAUAAAGUAUUUCAAUCUCUCAAUGGCCGAGAAUCGAAUUCAUCAAAUGAAGAUAUUGAUUCUUAUUUAACAAAAUUUAUAGGACUUGGUUUUAUACCACAUAAGCAAAGAAUCGUCACUAAAGAAAAAGAUAAACAAAAAUCCGAAACAAGUUCUUUUGAACGUGUUACUGAUCCAAAUGAAAAUAAUGCCCUCGAUAUUAAAGCUUAUAUAGAUAAAAAAUUUGUAGAUAUGGAGAAAAAAGUAAUGGACAAAAUAGACCAAGUGGAGCAAAAGACUAAUCAAAAAUUAGAUCAAAUUAUCAACAUUUUAGAAAAAAAAAGAUUGAAUUAAUCAUAAUACUUUUAUUUAAUAACGAAAUGAACUGAAAUUUAAUUCAUAAAUGAGAUUAUUAUAAAAUUUCCAAAAGUUUUUAGUCGGAAUUUACGUGAAUGUGUGUUUAUGUAUAAAUAGUUAAAUGAAAAAAAGAACAUUGGAUAUUCAAAUUUAUAUUGGAAAAUGAAAAAAAAUAAAGGUGAUAUUAAUUUAAAAUAAAAAAAAUAAACUUUUUUCAUAAA